CCCCCACACACACCCCACCCACCCACAGACGAGCUGACGACAACGCCCAGAUCGAUUCCGCGUCACUUGCCAGUCAACAGUGACCAGGUCGUGCGGCCGUCGAUCUCACCGCACACCGCCGGUCCAGUCCUCGCCGGCGUCGGACGCGGUGAAGUUGAAGUUAAAACUGGUAAAUUUGGAUCCAUUUCAUAUCGACUCGGAGAAUUUUUUGGAUCUUAUCUGGCCACCACCAUGGAACAUGACGGCACGAACCUGACUGUCACUGAGGCUGUGCGCUCCGUGCAGCUGCUCAAGAUUGACGGCUACUGUGCCACCGCUGCCAUGGAGACAUCGGAGUUCAUCAAAUCCAGAUGGAAUAUCUAUGGCCACGAGUGGGAGGUCCGUUUCUAUCCUAAUUACUGGCACUUCUUCGAGGACUUGGAGGAAACGUACUACCAAUUCGAUGACGAUUACCACACCGAGUGGGUCGCUCUGAAGCUCAUCCUUGUCAGUGAACCCCAGAGGGACAAGCUGAGGGUGAAUCUGAGCUGCCGGCUUGUAUGCCCCAGCCAGCAUCUCGAUCCCUCCGAAGAGAAGAUUGUGUCCCAUGUAUUUGACAGCCACUCCAAAUGCUCGCCUGAAGUUCUCCUCAUGCCGAAACACGUCCUACCAUCAUCAGGUUAUAUCGUGAAUGACUCACUGACCGUGGAAUGCACAAUCACCGUGCUAGGCCACUUCGACACCGCGGAUAAGGAGCAGCCCCUGCCAGUGCCGCCACCGUCGGACCUACACCAGCACCUCGGUGAGCUCUUGGAGAGCCAAGAUGGAGCGGACAUCACGUUUCAUGUCUCUGGGGAAUCCUUCGCCGCCCACAAGGUCAUACUUGCCGCAAGGUCCCCGGUUUUCAAGGCCAAGUUCUUCGGAGGCAUGGAGGAAACAAGCUCCGAAUCUGUGGUGAUCGAAGACAUGGAGGCUGCUGUGUUCAAGUCCAUGCUUCACUUCAUCUACACUGACAUGGCUCCGGAGCUCGACGGUGACCUGGAGCCUCAGGCAGCGGCGACCAAGGCUCAGCACCUCCUGGCAGCUGCAGACAGGUAUGGGCUGAACAGGCUCAAGCUGAUAUGUGAAUGCAAGCUCUCUGGUGGCAUCGACAUUGGCAUAGCGGCCACCACGUUGGCUCUCGCCGAGCAGCACCACUGCUCGCUGCUCAAAGCCAAGUGUCUUGAGUUCGUCACCAAGUCGCCUGAAACUCUUGAUGCUGUCUUGGCAACUGAUGGCUACGCGCAUCUGGUGGCAAGCUGCCCCUUGGUGCUGACUGAACUACUGAGGGCUGCGCGUGGAAGGAAGAUCUGAGCUGGAUGAUGGUUUUCGUUGACUGUCCUUGCGUCCUAAUAUUACUAUCUGCCUAGUACUAUUGUCAGUUGCUCUAAAAAAAAAAGUACUACUGUCAGUUGCUUCUCAUAUUAUGAUUUCCCUAAGAUGUGUGACCUGUAUGACUGCUAUAUCAUGAUGAACUAGUGCUUGCAGUUGAUUUCCCUCCUUUUAGUUUGAGUUGCUUAA